CUCCGGACGCGACUCGACCGCAUCGUCCCCCCGAACCGCCAAUACCUCGGAUUGCGCCGCCGAACUUUCCUCAUUAUCCUCGUCGCCAUCUUCCUCAGCCUGCUCGCACUCAUCCUAGGCCUCUCAAUCGGCCUCUCCGGCAAAGGCAGCAAACAAAACCUCCCGCUCCCCACCUCCGCCGAAGCACAUACCGGCGACCUCACAUACUACAACCCCGGACUCGGCUCGUGCGGCAUCGACUCGACUGACAACGACCCCAUCGUUGCGGUGUCGCAUCUCCUAUACGAUGCUGUGUCGACGGGUUCGAACCCGAACCUGAAUCCACUAUGUGGGAAGAAGAUCCGCGCGAGACGGCACAACGAGGCGACCGGAGAGGACCGGAGCGUGGAUCUGACGGUGGUGGAUAGAUGCACCGGGUGCCAGCCGACGGAUAUAGAUGUUAGCCCGGCAAUCUUUGAUGAGCUAGCUCCAAGGGACUACGGAAGAGUUGGGGUGACGUGGGCUUGGCUG